AUGCCAGAAGCUAGAAAAAAGAUGGGAAUAGUAGAACAUCGAGGUCUUAUUUACAUUAUUGGUGGAUAUACGUACACUUACAAUCCCCUGCAUGAUCUUCUCUCAUACAAUCCUGUGACUGGGGAGUGGAAGAAUCUAGCACCAAUGCUAGGUCCACCAUCUAAGACGAUAGGCGUUGCAGUUUUAGAUAACUUUUUGAUGGGAAUAGUAGAACAUCGAGGUCUUAUUUACAUUAUUGGUGGAUAUACGUACACUUACAAUCCCCUGCAUGAUCUUCUCUCAUACAAUCCUGUGACUGGGGAGUGGAAGAAUCUAGCACCAAUGCUAGGUCCACCAUCUAAGACGAUAGGCGUUGCAGUUUUAGAUAACUUUUUUGGAUAUAUGGACUUUUACAACCCCAUGCAUGAUCUUCUCUCAUACAAUCCUGUAACUGGGGAGUGGAGAGCACUAGCAGGACGUGCUCCACCUCGCUACAACUACAUGGGUGUUGCAGUUUUGAAUAACUUUUUAAUGGGUAUAGUAGAACAUCGAGGUCUCAUUUACAUUAUGGGUGGAUAUACGGACGACACUGACAACGACCUGCGUGAUCUUCUCUCAUACAAUCCUGUGACUGAGGAGUGGAAGAAUCUAGCACCAAUGCUAGGUGAACCAUGUGACACGAUAAGUGUUGCAGUUUUGAAUAACUUUCUGUACGUAGUAGGUGGUACUGAGUUGGAGGAAAUGGAAAGAUAUUCUUUUGAACAGAACCAAUGGUUUAAGUGUUCGUCUUCAGAGUAUUUGGGUCGAAGUAGCCCAGCAGUUGUUGUCACAAAUUCUCUGUUAUAUGUCAUAGGCGGUUACUGGAGUGGUUUGAAUGGAAUUGGAAUGGUAAGGAAAGAAGAAUAA